GAUGCUCCACUGGCCAAGCUGGGAGGAAAAAAAAAAAAAGAAGAAGAAGAAGAAGAAAGGCAGGGCAGGGAGAAUCGAGGACAGCCGGCCUAGGCAGGCCAGGAGUGCCAUUGCCCCGGUGGUGGGAGCUGGGAGACCCCCGUGCUUGGACGGGCCAGGGUCGGGGGACACGCAGGAUGAGCCCCGCGACCGCUGGCACAUUCUUGCUGACAGUGUACACUAUUUUCUCUAAGGUGCACUCGGAUCGCAACGUGUACCCAUCCGCAGGUGUCCUCUUUGUGCAUGUCUUGGAAAGAGAGUAUUUUAAGGGGGAAUUUCCACCUUACCCAAAACCUGGCGAGAUUAGUAAUGAUCCUAUAACAUUUAACACAAAUUUAAUGGGUUACCCGGACCGACCUGGAUGGCUCCGCUAUAUCCAGAGGACACCCUAUAGUGAUGGAGUCCUGUACGGGUCUCCAACAGCUGAAAAUGUGGGGAAGCCGACUAUCAUUGAGAUAACUGCUUACAAUAGGCGCACCUUUGAGACUGCAAGGCAUAAUUUGAUAAUUAAUAUAAUGUCAGCAGAAGACUUCCCGUUGCCAUAUCAGGCAGAAUUCUUCAUAAAAAAUAUGAACGUGGAAGAGAUGCUGGCCAGUGAGGUUCUUGGAGACUUUCUGGGGGCAGUGAAAAAUGUGUGGCAGCCAGAGCGACUGAAUGCCAUCAACAUCACGUCGGCUCUAGACAGGGGUGGCCGUGUGCCACUUCCCAUCAACAACAUGAAGGAGGGUGUUUAUGUCAUGGUUGGUGCCGAUGUCCCAUUUUCUUCUUGUUUACGAGAAGUUGAAAACCCACAGAACCAGUUGAGAUGCAGUCAAGAAAUGGAGCCUGUUAUAACAUGUGAUAAAAAAUUUCGUACUCAGUUUUACAUCGAUUGGUGCAAAAUUUCUUUGGUUGAUAAAACAAAGCAAGUGUCCACCUUUCAGGAAGUGAUUCGUGGAGAGGGGAUUUUACCUGAUGGUGGGGAAUACCAGCCCCCUUCGGAAUCUCUGAAAAGCAGGGACUAUUAUACGGAUUUCCUGAUUACCCUGGCUGUGCCCUCGGCAGUAGCGCUGGUCCUUUUUGUAAUACUUGCUUAUAUCAUGUGCUGCCGACGGGAAGGAGUCAUUCAACUGGUCCACCACAGUGCUAUUCAGAAAUCUACUAAGGAACUUCGAGACAUGUCCAAAAAUAGAGAAAUCGCAUGGCCCCUGUCCACGCUGCCCGUGUUCCACCCUGUCACGGGGGAGAUCCUGCCUCCUCUGCACACGGACGGCUAUGACGGCACUAACAUGCCUUUGAUGGAGACACAGCAGAACUUGCCACACCCGACUCAGAUUCCCCAACAGCAGACCACAGGAGAUUUUCGUUUGACAACUUUUCAAAGAUUUGAGGCAAGUAUUCAAUGUUUUCUGUCAGAUCUUGGUUAUAACAUUUGUCAGAGUGUUUUUUUUUCUCCAUAAUUUUGUUUCCUUGUUUUAAUUAAAUGUCUCAACAAGAUUGUUCAGCCUAUCCAUAUGGUAGGGGUACUUUGCAAUCAUCCAGGAGAUUAAUGAAGAAACAAACUUUCUUAUAAGUAUUUGUCACCCCAAAAGAAAAAAAAAGCAAAUGAACCCCUCUGAUCAUGAAUUUCAUGGCUACUUUUUUUACAAGAAGACAAAAAUGUAGCAGGAUGAGUCUGCAGAGGAAGGCUAGGGCCUCUUUUCCGUUGCCCUCAUCCACUCCAUUCCUCCUACGUUUCUGCCUUUGGAUCCAUCGUUGUUUCAGAGAACUGAGUAAAAGGGACAUAAUUUGUAGAAAAAUACUAGCUAUUUGAGUAUUAAAAAAAAAAGCCCUGAAAUUCUAUUUAGUUACCCCGAGGGGAAGUAAAAACCGUGUAGACUAUUGUAGGGACCAUGUUAUUUAUUAGAUGGUCAUGUAGGUUUGUAACAGUUAGGCUUGUGAAAGUGCUGUAUUGCAGUAAAAGGGAGAAUUUUGAAGUAUACAGACAACUUACACCUGAGCAAAUAUGCUAAGAACCAAAGAUGCUCCCAAGGGUAUUUUAGGUUGUUCAGUCUAGUUUUCUGAACUAUUUUUUUCUCAACAGGUUUUGGAGAGCACGUAUAUUGCUUGAGUAUAGAAUGGUCUUCUUCAGUUAACAUGAUAGCUUACUAGCUCUUGUUUCCUCGUGUUUUUCUGCAAUUUGGAUCAGGCUGUUGACUGGAGUGCACCAUCUCCUCUUGGUUGUUGUGUUGUUCAUUGUCUUGUCGGGGCGUCUCCAGCGUAAGUGCUAAGGAGACCCCUGGGCCACUGUUCCGGAUCUGGGAUGCUUCUGGAAUUUUGCUGCCUUCCUGCCUUUCACACACGUCACGCUACGUAGAGACUGACCUGCUGGAGAGCA